AUGACUCCGCCGGCACCUUAUGAGAAAUCAAAGUUUUUGGGUUCCGGGGGGAGUAUGGUCGCAAGGCUGAAACUUAAAGGAAUUGACGGAAGGGCACCACCAGGCGUUAACUAUCUGGCGCCUAAGAGUCGGCUACUGUGUCGGCUAGUCCACCCAGCACCAAAGUGCAAGGAGUUGGGGGGCAAGACAACCUGGAACGAGGGAAGCCGACGGAGAUUCUGUCUCCCAGGGCCAAUCUCGUGGCGAGCUCUAGCGAUGGAGCCGUCGUAA